UACCUGAUGCCCCCAAGAACGCGAGCUCGAGCAAGUCACGUGGUCUCUUGAACGCGAAGGAUGUUUCUGGGAUCGCGAAGUCAGUACUCGACGGGCCGUCCUCCGAGCUGGAGGAAAAAAGACGGAGGUGAACGAGAAGGUGCAAUCUCGUGGAGACCCCUUGUGGAGGGAGGGAAACAUAGAGAUAGAGAGAGAGAGAGAGAGAGAGAGAAAGAGAGAGAGAGAGAGAGAGAGAGAGAGAGAGAGAGAGAGAGAGAGAGAGAGAGGACUUCGAAGAGUAGUAGUAGUAGGGAGGAUAUCUUGCGAAGGAAGCCGCUCGAUCGUUGGAUACCUCAACACUUCCACCGAUAUGCGUUAACCGAGAACGAUAUCUUUUCGAAAGUUUUUUUUCCUGUGAUUUUCUUUCUCCUUUGCUGUUACGUGAAUAUUCUUUCGGAUAAUUUGAUAAAAUUUCUCGUUAAUUUUUUACGUUUCCCGAGGAUACAUUUUUCAAUCGAAAUAUUUGCAUCGAAUUGUACAACGUAAAAUGAUAAGGAUAUAUUCCUUGUGUCCUUUUUCAAUCAAAUAUUACUUACUUGACCAAAACGAGAAGAAAUUGAUCUGAUCAAUUCAAAAAUUCGUUCGGUGAAGGGGUAUAAGCUUCUGCAAAAGAAAGAAAUAAUAGAGGAAGGAUAACGAGAUUUUGGAGUAAGAGAAAAAGAAUAGAGAGAAUCAAGAGUGGGAUAUCAAAGGAGAAAGAGAGAGAAAGAGAGAGAGAGAGAGAGAGAUAAAGAGAGAAAGAUAGCGGAAACGAAUUAAGAAUACUACCACACUUUAAAAGAUCUUUGGGCACUCGCGAAUUAAACGAAUCCUAUUAUUUUCUUUGGCUUUAUUUUUAUUCUAAGAGAGAAUACAAUUUCGUAACGAACGAACAGAAAAGAACAAAGAAAAAAGGAAGAAGAGGAAAGGAAAAAGAAAAAAAUAGAUUGGAAAGACUAUCGAAUGAUUUCCUGGUAACUAUUUAUAUCGCGUCAAGCCGAUGACGCAUCUUGUAGAACACCGAAGUUACGACGACGUGCUACAACGAGAUUCUUCGUAGAUACGAAGAAGUCCGAGGAUGUGUUUGUAACAAACGAAGAAAACAACGUAGGCGUCUUUUGCUACAUCGAGAAAGAUUGCUGGAUACUCUGCAUGCACUGAUGUUUGAUUUAGAAAGAAAGAAAGAAAGGUGCGAUGUAAUUGGGUUAAGAUAAGCCAUAUCUAUUUCUCGUUAUCACGAAAACAGUAGAGUUCUAUUUGAAAGAAAAAAUUUUUAUAUAUUCGACGAUAGUCGAAAUAAAAUGCAGUUAGCAGCAACUCAAAGACCUCACCCACCACCGGUACCACCUAGACCAAGUCGACAGGUGGUAGCUGAGGCAUUGAAAAGAUCACCUAGACCACCCUGUCCUACUAGACAAGCACCUCCACCUCCUAAUACCAAACCUUGGAGAUCUGAUCGUGAUCAGAAUGAUCAACAACAGCAACAACAACAACAGGGAUGUCCAGGUGGUGGACGUACCAUAAUCUACGAAUCCAUCAAGGAAUCUACGAAAGCAGAAAGAAACGAUAGUCCUCCAACAAAUACCGGCACGGUUCAGCUCGCUGACAAGCAUCAGCAGCAGCUGCAACAGCAACAGAGUCAUGUAUCGAGUGAAAGGAAUGACGACGACGGCGACCGUCGUGAAAAUCCACGAGAAAGACGGCACCGUCAACUUAUUCUCGAGCAAAAUGAUAUUUCCACAGAGCCGGUGGUCGUACGAGAAAAAAGAGGAGGAGAAGGAACAGGAGGAGCCACUAUCGAGGAUCCUCGACCGGAGGGACAACGCCUUGAAAAUCGUGCCGAUUUCAAGGAUUUCAAAGAUCAAUCUAAUUCCUUAGGUCGACGAUCACCUGGAAAAACUGAUGGUGAUUUACCCUGCACUAAAGUCGAUUUCGAGAUAUUGGACAAGGAAGAGCAUGCGUCGAUAGAGUUUACAAAAAAUCCUACUAGGUCAAACGUUUCGUUCGAAGACGAACGUCGUCCAAGCCCUGAAACGAAAAUACUAACAAGUAACGAUAUAGGAUUUAGAGGACGGCUAAGGAUCAGGCCUGAGAAAUCCUUGAACAUAGAAAAGACGAUGAGCAAGUUUGAUGGACGACCUACACCCACGCGAAGAUCACCUGCUGGUAACCAACAAUCAACCGCUUCAUCUCGAAAAGACUCUGUUUCCAACGAGAAUCGUAAUAAUAACAAUAAUAAUAAUAAUAAUAAUAAUAAUAAUAAUAAUAAUAAUAAUAAUAAUAAGAAUAGUAUCCAUAUUAAUAACAACAAUAACAAUAAUAAUAAUAAUAAUAAUAAUAAUAAUAAUAAUAAUAAUAAUAAUAAUAAUAAUAAUAAUAAUGAUGAUGAUGGUGAUGAUAAUGAACAAAAUGAGAAAGAGUCGAGUGUAACAGACGAGAAACAUGGAACAGUAGUCGUGGUUGACGAAUCAGAACAUAGUAAAGCCACGUACAACGAGGAGGACAACGACAAUAACAUUCAUCGACAGGAUUGGCUCGAGGCCGGUAUCCGUUAUUCCUCCACGCAGAUCACUUUGCAGGGAGACGAAGGUGCCGACGGUCUCCUCUCAUCUUCGUCCGUUGACGUCGAACGCGUUAAUGGAUACGACGAUCGUCCCGAGGACGAACGCACCGUCGACCUUGACUUCGUCAGCAUACAAGAGAGGAUCGCGAUGUCUUCCCUGCAGGGGCUGCCACCGUUGCCGAGGAGCCUCAGUGGAUUUAAUUUGAGUGGAGCUUCUGAGCCACCCCCACCACCUACGAGGUCAUCCAGCAAAUCACAAAGAGGCGGGAAAACGUCAAUUCAAACUUCUACCUCGAGACCUUCUCCACCUGCGAGACAACUUACCACGUUGGAUACUCAACUGGCGAUACUUAGAAGAGAAAUGUUUGGUCUACGACAACUGGAUCUCUCUUUGCUUUCGCAACUUUGGUCCCUGAACGAAUCAAUCCAAGAAUUUCGACAACUCUUGCAGGAACAAGAAGACAGAGCUCCAUCGCCAUCGCCAAGUAGCGAGGAAGGAGACGAUACUUCGUAUGGGACACAUCCACCACCAGCACCUAGAAGACCAGCACCUGUGGUGCAUCAUCAUCGACCACCUAGGCCACCAAGACCACCAAGACCACCACCCAGCGACGAGUCACCGUCUAGCGAGGAAUACGGAGCCGUUUGACGGAUGAUACUUCGUAAAAGGACAAAAAGAUCUUCUCCGCUGUGUUCCCCAAACUCUAUAGAGUUCCUGUAAAAGAGAAAAUCUGCAAAGAAAAGAAGAAGAAAGAAAGAAAGAAAGA